CCUGCGCCCUCAGCCUCCUCACUGACUUAAUCAGAGUUGUUGGCUGUUUGUUGUGAUCGCUGGAAGGCAUCAAAGAAUCGCAGAAAAAUAAUACUAAUAAUAAUAAAUCAUGGAAGAUGAGAGCAGGAAGAAGAUGAAGGAGAAAUUUGGCCUGAGGCAGGACAUCUUGAAGGAGUUCCUGGCGGAAUUUCUGGGGAUAUUUGUCCUGAUACUCUUUGGAUGCGGUUCAGUGGCCCAGACGGUGCUGAGUAAAGGGGCUCUCGGGGAGCCGCUGACCAUCCACAUCGGCUUCACACUGGGAGUCAUGAUGGCCGUCUACAUGGCAGGGGGAGUGUCAGGAGCCCAUGUGAACCCAGCUGUCUCUUUGGCCAUGGUGAUUCUGGGGAAGCUACCUCUGAAGAAGUUCCCCGUGUAUGUGGUGGCACAGUUCCUUGGAGCAUUUGUUGGUUCCGGUGCUGUCUUUGGGUUGUAUUACGAUGCUUUGAUGGAGUACACAGGUGGAAAUCUUGCAGUUACUGGUGAAAAUGCUACAGCCAACAUAUUUGCAUCUUAUCCUGCAAAACAUCUCUCAGUGCUAAAUGGGCUUGUUGACCAGGUUAUUGCAACCGGCGCUCUAAUUCUGUGCAUACUGGCCAUCACUGACAGAAAGAACAUCGGCGCCCCAAAAGGCAUGGAGCCGCUGUGCAUUGGCCUGAUCAUCAUGGCUAUUGGAGUCUCCAUGGGUCUGAACUGUGGCUAUCCCAUAAACCCCGCACGAGACCUUGGCCCACGGUUCUUCACCGCCGUGGCUGGGUGGGGCAUGGAGGUGUUUAGAGCGGGAGGCUGCUGGUGGUGGAUCCCUGUGGCAGGACCCAUGGUGGGUGGAGCGGUUGGAGCUGGGAUUUACUUUCUCUUCAUUGACUUGCACCAACCCGAGCCUCAGAAACAGGAGGACAACAAUUUUCAGGACAAAUAUGAAAUCAUUACUAUGACUUAAGUUUUAAAAUCAGGGAAUCAAAGUAGAAAAACUUUAAAUGAGUUAACAAAAGCAGUAAAUAAAUAUAUUUUCUAUAAAGUCAUUUGUAUAAACGUCCGAUCCCAGUCAGACCUGUCUCUCUUUAAUGACAAAGUGAUGCAUAUUCCAGGUUUUUCAUCAAAAUCUUCUGGCAGGACUUUUUAUAAUCAGAUGAACAGUAGCUUUGCAACAUCUUCAAGUUGCUCCAGUAUUUUUAAAAUACAGGCAAAAAGUUAACACUAGAUUUAGAAUUGAAAUGUGAACAUUUAUUGUAGAAAUACAGCUCUUAGCAUUUUUAUUUCUUGUACUUUUUUGGAGGAGUGACGUUCGUCUUUUUUACUGUCUUUUGCAUGCUUGUAAAAAUGUGCUUGUUUUAUUGCUGUAUUUGGUUUAAAAUGUUGCAGCUUUUAUAGUAUCUACACAGACAAUCCAGCCUUAAAUAAUUUAGAUGGUAUUCAUUUUUAACAUUUUCUCAUUAAGUUACUUUAUAAUACCAGGGUAGAUUUCUGUUUUCAGGAAACUAUUGAAUUCAACUAUUCUAUGCCUAUACUGUGUGGCACAUUGAUUUUACAGCAGACCAGUGUUUAUGUGAUACACAAAACGCUUGUUUGGCAGCAUUUAUUUUUUUUUUAUAUAGGUCUUAAAUCGAUUAUGCAGAUCACCAGUUAGAUGUUCUUUCCCAAAAUACAUUAAACACUUCCGUAUUUAAUCUGUUAAGUUUAAAGAUAAUGGUGUGAAUGUUUGAAUUUAUUGCAAAGGGAAAUGACUAAAAAUGUGUUUUUUUGUUUGCUUUUUUCUUAAAUGGGAGGACACGUUGAAAUGUUGAGGUCUCUUAAGUAUUUUUAAUAUACAGUAGUCCUGCAUAUUGUGCAUUUACCUGAGUUAAACAUUUGUAAAAAAUUACAUUCUUCACUGUAUCUUUGCAUGAUUUGAACUUUGUUGUAGAUAACUUAUUUGGACCAUGUGGAAGUUUCAUUGUCAUGUUUUAAAAACACAUUAAUUAUUAGGUGUAGAAAAAAAUAAGUGGUACGGUUUUGCUGUGAAACACAAAUGUGGGGCACGUUAACAGAAGUAUGUUUUGUAGAUCUGUGCAAAUAAAAACGUAUUUUUUCACCUAAA